ACGUACAGCACUGUUGCAAGAAUUUUUAGCAAUGGAAUUUAAAAUUUAUUUUUGAAAUGUAAUUAUUUAUUUUUGGACUUGAUUUGGAAACUGCUAAAUUUUAUUUCGGGAAUAAAAAAUAAUUUGCAAUGGCUACCUAUUGCAAACGUCGAAAACCAGGAACCUGUAAGCGCUUGACAAAGUAUUCCAGAACAAAUGUGGACAAGAUGAUGAGUGCAAAAGUGUGUUGCCAAAAUUGCGGCAGGGAACUUGGUGGUAAUGAGAAGGAAACCAAGGUCGAUGACUUAAACUCCAAAAACGGAAGUACUAAUAGUACUGAAAAAAUUAAAAAAAAUUCUGUAAAUUUGGAAAAAAGCAAUUUAUAUACACCAACAAUGAAUUCCAUCAGCGGAGAUAUGGAUGAUAUGACUGAUGCAGCAUAUAACGCAAAAUUACGUAAAAAAACUCGAAAAGAUAUAGAACUUGAACAACAUUUUAUUGCUAGAUGUCAGAUGACCAAGAGACUCAAUUUUUGUCGUCACCAAGUAGUUUUCAAGAAUCUUAUUCCUUUAGACGUUGAUGAAGCCAUUGAAUAUAUGAAGAAAAAUCCUAAACUAUUUCCAAAAACCAAAGAUAAUAGUAAACCAAUGUGGAGAUGGUAGGAAGAAAUCCUGUACACAUUUGAUGAUUUUUGUUUGUUGACCUCAAAAAAAUUUGUUGUUUGCAGGACAACAUGUGCAUUAUAUACACAUAUAUAUGCAUUAUACAAAUUAUGACGAGCCUUCAUGACAUUAUUAUUCCUGAAAUAAAAAAAA